AUGACCGAAGAGGUGUCUGAAGUUUUCGCCACUGCUUUGAAUGAAGCAUUAGUCGGUGAGAACAAACACCCAGAAGAGGCCAAAAAAAAUGAAAAUAAGCAAGAAAAUCAACAAUCCCCAGCUGAAGCAAAUCAUGAUGAAGCUCCAGUAGAAGAUAAACAAGAAAAACCAUCAGAUAGCGCCGAAGAAGAACAGAAACAUGAAAAUGAACACAACGAAAAUGAACCAAAUCAAGAAAAACCGGAAAAUGAAAAUCAAGAAUCACCAAAUAAAACAGAAUCAUCAAAAUCUAAUAGCGAAAAAUCUUCAUCUUCUAGUAGUCCAUCGCAUUCAUCAAAUCAAUCAGAUAAUGAGAACAAUAACGAAGAUUCAAAAGAAAAGGAUUUACCUAAAAAUGAUAAUGAGAACAAUGAAUCAGGUUUAGCCUUAAGCAAUGUUAUAAAAGAUAAACUCGAUGGCGAAUCCGAUUCUGAAAAAGAGAAAAAUGAAUUCGCACCUGAAGAAAAUCAAGAGAAACAAACAUCACAACAAUCAACACCAAAGCAAACAAGCUUUCCUACAUCAGAAACAAACUCUCCGAAGUCAGAAAAGAGUUCUCAAAGAUCAAAUACUUCUCAAAAGAAAGAAAUUCCAAAGAAGUUAACAUGGGUUCAAGAGCAACAGCGUAUUCCCGAAAGAAUAAGAACAAAUAAAUAUGUUGCUAGACGUAUUAACGCAUAUUCUUACACAUGCAAUGUUAUUCCUCGUGCCGCAGCGACAUCUUCAUCAGAAUAUCGUUCUAAAUCACGUGAAGUUGUACUUGAUGAUUUCACACAAUCAUUACUUAGUGAUAAACAACCUGAAGAAGAUCCAUCCAUUGAACAACUCAGAGCUUCUGCUUAUCAACUUCGCCGUUUAGAACAACAGAAGGUCAAUGAGCAGAAAUAUAUGGAAGCAUGCAAAGCUUCAGAAGCUAAUGAAUACGUUAAUAGAAAGAUGAAAGAAACAAAACAUUUCAACUCAAGUAAAGAGUAUAUCCAGGAUUUAAUUACAAAGAGAAAUGAACUUGCAGCUCUUUUGGAAUAUAUUUCACAAAAAUACGACAAAGAUCUUGAAGCUCAAGUGCAACAGAACGUAGAAAGAGAACAGCAAAUUAGAGAAUCACAAGCUAAAGAAGUCGAUGAUUUCGAUGCAUCUGUUCCAACAGAAUUACAACCGCUUUUCAAGAGGAACUCUGUAACAUAUUGGAAAUUGAGGAGUGAAGAAAAGAAUCUAGCAUUGAAUAAGAAAUUCGAUGAGGCUCAAAAGAAGAAAGAAAAGGCAGAUCAACUUGAACAAAUUGAAGAUCAGGAAAAUUAUGAAAAAAUGUCAGAUUUUUAUAAGAACAAGAGGGAGAAAUUGCUAGAACUUCAUGUAAAAGCAUUAAAUAACUUCCAACAAAAUGCUGAUGCAAGGCUUUUGAAGAUUCAUGCAGAAAAAGCUAAAGCAUUGGCACCAAUGCAGCAAAGAUGCCAAAUGAUUGAAAAUUUGGUUGAAAAGCUUUGCGCUAAGAAAGGAAUUAAGGCCCAGCAACUUGAUUUCGAGUCUGUUGAUGAAAAUAGAGUAGAAAUGUUAAAGAAAACAGAAGUUGAGGGAAUUUUGAUUCCAAAACGUUCCCAAACUUCUAUGAGCUGCAGGACUGCUCCUAUCCACAAACCAAAACUUCACCAAUCUACGAAAGUGUAA